AAACGCCCGCCCGCCCGCACCCCCUACCCUGCUGCCGCUGGCUGCCGCGGAAGAAAACCAAACCGUAGAAAAACACUCGCGCGAUCGCCGGAAAUGCCCUGCCGCCGCCGCCACCGCCGCCGCCGCUAGUGCAACUUGCUCCUCCUGACUCCUGUUGGGUUUUAUGCCCGCUGCGCUUCCCCAAUUGUUUACUGCUAGCGAAUCUUCUCCCUCCUCGCGCACCGUCACCUGCCCCCGCCCGCUCACCCGCUCCCGCCUCUGCGGCUGCGCUUGCCGACAGGCCUUUUUGCCUGCAUGGCGGAUUCGUGGGCGGUCGGUACUUGACGGCGGCGUCGGUCCGGGUUCUGCCGCCGAGGCUCCGGGAGAUGGGGCGGCGCCAAGGAGGGAACGGGUGGGGCGUCUGCGCCGCCCUCGCCGUCGCCUCGGUCGUCUCCGCUGUCGUCAUCCUUGGAGGUGCAGGUCAUCAGCAAUCUCAUGCACCUGCCUUUGGUCGUAAAGUUCUUCUAUCCAUAACAAGUGGCCAUCCACAAAUCAACUUGGAUAAUAUACUUCACCCAUCACAACUACAAGUUCCAACAUUGCAAAGCUUAGGGCUAACUGUAAAAUUAUCAGCACCAACUAGUACAGAUGUUAACAAACAGUAUGAUCAUUACGCACCGAGCCCAACAAUCAUACAUGAAGAUGAAACUGUGUCAGCAUCCAAGCAGGCAGUGCUGCCUACAAUGCAACCUAGUGUUUCACCUGAUCAUUUUUAUCAGUCACCAGAAAUAUCUCCAUCUAUACAGAGUCCAGGCCAACCUGCCCCUCCUUCACUAAUGGUUUCUCCAGCUACUCAAAGAGGUAAUCAUCAUCUUCAAGAACAAAUGCCUGCUGCUUCGCCAUCUCUUCCAGUUGAACCACAUGUGUCUCAUGCUAAAAUUGCUGUGAACACUCCGGCUGCCGCACCUUUUCUACCACAGCCACCCUGGUCAUCUCAACCGCCUCCAUCUUCACCUUCCACUGGCAGUCAAUCAACACAGCCAGCUCCUUUACACCGUAUAUAUGGCCAUUCUCCUUCUUCAUUCCAUACUCCUCCAACAGGCCAGGACACACUUAGAGUACCAGUUGCUUCACCUUCAGGAGAACUACCCAGCAAUAAAAAGCCACCACAGGAAGUAGUACCACCGGCGCCCAUUGCUCCUGGAUCCAGUCAGGACAAGGAUGGCAUAUCAUUUGCUAGACCUACAAAUAAUUUGCCAAUUCACAGCAGCUCACCACCAAAAGGCACAAGGGAGACUAAUCAUUUAACUCCUGCCGCUCCACCUUUGAUACACCGGGCCAUUCAAACCCCCCCACAACAGAGGCAACAUCCUCAUUCAAAUGGACCAGUUGCUUCUCCAAGAACAACAAUCCAUCCUGCCAACCAUGGGAAGGCCAAUCGCGUUCCAGUUGCAUCACCUUUAAAAGGAAGACAUCACCAUUCCAUACCUGUAAAUAAUACACAUGGGAUCAGUGGGGCUCCAGUUGUGGCACCGUCAAAGGGAAGGCAUCACCGUUCCUUGCCUGUCAAUAGGACAUCUGUAGAAGGACCUGUCGUUUCUCCUCAAAUUUCCCCCAGCAUCCGUAGGAGAGGACAUGGCAUUCCAGUUGCUGCACCGCCAAAGGAACCUUCCAGCCAUGUACCACCUGCAAAUCAUAAACACCACAAAGGUUCCUUUCCUGUCAUAAGCCCUGCUCCACAUAGAACUGGUAAUGCUUCUGCAACAAGCCAUGGACAUUCAGGUUUAGAUCAUGGUCCUGCCCCAGCACCGCUAGUCUUGCCUCCAUCAAAUGGAAAAGAUGGAAAUCCAGCGUAUGCUCCGCAUCACCCUCGUCAGUAUCAUUCACCUUCAUAUUCUCCAGAACCUGCUCUACCACCUGACAAUCCUGCAUUUAGAAAGCCCAGGGCUUUGGCACCAGCACCAAGUCAUUCCUUGCCGCCUCCACCUCCAAAUUCAUACUGCACGGCGUUAAAUUGUAAAGAUCCUAUGACCAAUAGUCCUCCAGGAACAACAUGCCUCUGUGUGUUGCCAAUAAAAGUUGAGCUUCGAUUAGGUAUAGCACUGUACACAUUCUUUGCAUUGGUCUCAGAACUUGCACAAGAAAUUGCAUCUGGAGUGUUCAUGAAGCAAAGUCAAGUUCAUGUUAUGGGAGCAAAUGCUGCAACUGAAGACCCUGAGAAGACAAUUGUCCUCAUUGAUCUUGUGCCACUGGGAGCAAGCUUUGACAAUACAACAACACUUUCAGUAUUUGAAAGGUUUUGGCACAAACAGGUCAUCAUAAAUCCUACGGAUUUUGGAAACUAUGAUGUGUUAUAUGUUCAAUACCCAGGUCUUCCUUCGUCACCACCAUCAGCUCCUGGAAAUCUGAACAACAGUCUUAGCAAUGGAAAUGAUCAAAGGUUACACCCACUUGCUGCUGAUAUAGGAAACCACAGAGAAACAAAAAGCAGAGGAAUAAUUGUGAUUAUUGUCCUGUCAAGUGUCUUUGCUUUAAUUUUAUGUGCUGGAGCUGCAUUGGUGAUUUAUUUCAAGCUUAGAAACCGCCAUCAUUUAACCGAAGCAUCACUUAUACCAGAAAAGCCUGCAGAUUCUGCAAUAGCCGGGAGUAGGCUAGAAAGCAGACCUAUCUCGGCAUCACCGUCAUUCAGCUCAAGUAUAGUGGCAUAUAAAGGAUCAGCAAAAAUAUUUAGUUUGGUUGAAAUGGACAGAGCUACACAAAGAUUUGAUGAGUCCAGGAUAAUUGGUGAGGGUGGUUUCGGACGUGUUUAUGAAGGUAUUCUUGAGGAUGGAGAACGGGUUGCUGUCAAAGUUCUUAAGAGGGAUGACCAGCAAGGAACCCGGGAAUUCUUGGCUGAGGUUGAGAUGCUUAGCCGAUUGCAUCACAGGAACUUGGUUAAGUUGAUAGGCAUAUGCUCGGAGGAGCAUAUGAGAUGUUUGGUAUAUGAGCUUGUUCCAAAUGGAAGUCUGGAAUUUCACCUGCACGGAUCAUAUAAGGACACUGCUCUGCUUGAUUGGGAUGCCAGGCUUAAAAUUGCACUUGGCGCGGCACGAGGUCUUGCUUAUUUGCAUGAAGAUUCAAGUCCUCGUGUUAUACACCGUGACUUCAAGUCAAGUAACAUUUUGUUGGAACAUGACUUCACCCCCAAGGUUUCAGACUUUGGCCUAGCAAGAACUGCUAUAGGCGAGGGGAACGAGCAUAUCUCAACUCGGGUUAUGGGAACUUUUGGGUAUGUUGCUCCUGAAUAUGCAAUGACUGGGCAUCUUCUAGUGAAGAGCGAUGUCUACAGCUAUGGUGUCGUCCUCCUCGAGCUUCUUACAGGCAGGAAACCUGUAGAUAUGUCAAGGCCCCCAGGGCAAGAAAACUUAGUGACGUGGGCCUGUCCUUUUCUGACAAAUAGAGAUGGUUUGGAAACACUCAUCGAUGCAUCACUUGCAAGUAGCAUCCCGUUAGACAGCAUCGCAAAAGUAGCAGCAAUUGCUUCCAUGUGUGUUCAGCCAGAGGUGGACCAGCGGCCCUUUAUGGGGGAAGUUGUUCAAGCCUUAAAGUUGGUGUGCAAAGAAGGCAGUGAGUUCAACGAGUCAACAAGUUUUAGCCAAGAUUUGCACAUCCAAGACGCUGAGAUUGUAAGCAGGGCAAGUCUGGAUAUGGAUGCAGGCCCAGUGCUGUCUACGGAGCAGUUCACUGCAUCGGCGCGUUAUGAUACACUGGAUGCAUCUGGUUCUUUUCGGCGGUAUUCAAGUUCAGGUCCUCUGAAGGUCGGUCGAACUGAACACAACAGGGAGCGAGGCUUAUCAACAGGUAGCUCAAGUGAACACUGUGGUCUACAACGAUUUAGGAUGGAUUCAGAGUAGUCAACCUGUGGGCUCAUUUUCAUGACCUGCGCGAUGCGGAAGUACCAUUGGCUUAUUUUCUGCGAGCCGGCCGGACUUCAUAUUUACUGUGAAUAUUUCAGAAAUGGAAGCGAUGCCAGAAACGCUGUACCGGAUGAGGAGCGACCCAGUGGUGGAUGGCAAUGUAGGCCUGGCACACAUAACAGUUGUGCGGGCUUUCUGUAGCCUUUUCCCUGACGAACUGCACCGGGUAGCUUCACAACAGAACAAGAGAACUCCGUUUGCUGGUAACCAGUUCUUCAACUGCAAGUCCUUGUGCGGGUUGCAGAAGAAGUGGAGAGUACUAAGCGGAGGAUUGCACUUCAAAGGAAAUUUCCCCUUUCCUCUGGGGAGAGUGCGUGUGGGUGGUUGAGCUUGUUGAGACCAUGGUAGAACACACGUGAAAAGUAGUGGCGAAAGAAAUAUAAGAUGUAGGAUAUGACUCUUCUCUUUAUUAUUCAGUUCUUAGGAGAAGAUAUACAUGUGUACAAUUUUGUAGCUCUGCCUCUUAAUAUAUACUCACUCCGUCCGAAAA